AUUGAGCUUUUCAGACCCAAACGCCGAGUCACUUUACUUUGCACAGUUUGCAAUUUGAUUUCUCUGUGCUGUCAAUUUAUUUAGGAAAUUUUACUACAAAUUUCAAAUAAAUCAACAAGUACAUUUAAGUAUUUCAGACUUGAAGGAGGAGUGUCGAAAUGUCUAUCUUGGCAUACAAUGGAGGUGCUGUGGUGGGGAUGAAGGGCAACGGCUGUGUCGCUAUUGCAUCCGACAAACGCUUCGGUAUCCAACUACAAACUAUUGGUCUCGAUUUCGAUAAAAUUUUCGAAGUUGGUCCAAAAAUCUACAUGGGAAUUCCCGGCCUUGCCACCGACACUCAAACCGUCAACCAGAGGAUGAAGUUUCGAACUAAUCUUUACGAGUUGAAGGAAAAUCGACCAGUGUCUCCAAAAGUUUUGAGCGCUAUGAUAUCCAAUCUCUUAUAUGAACACAGAUUUGGUCCAUAUUUCGUGGAACCCAUCGUGGUCGGCCUGGAUGGCAAUAAUGAACCAUACAUUUCGACGUUCGAUUCUAUUGGGUGUGUCAGCGAGCCGGAAGACUUUGUCGCUGCUGGAACCUGUGACGAUCAAUUGUUUGGGAUGUGUGAAGCUUUGUGGAAACCAAAUAUGAAUCCUGACGAAUUAUUUGAAGCCGUCUCUCAAGCUUUGGUCAACGCUUGUGAUCGUGACGCCAUUUCUGGAUGGGGAGCUAAGGUUUAUGUCAUUGAGAAGGAUAAGGUUACAAUUCGCAACCUGAGAACUAGGAUGGAUUAAGACAAAUUUCAAGAUUUACAUUAUUUUACUAAAUCUUUGUAUAUCAAUUGUCAAAUCAUAAAGAAACUGUAUCCUAAUUUAAAAUUAAACCCACGUAAAAAUGUUGACCCAUCCACUCCCUUCUCUUAAUGUAUUGUUAUAUAAUAAUUUGUAACUCUAACUUUUAUAUGUACUGCAUAAAGUAGUUGUUGCAGGUCAGGUCAAUGUAAACUAUUUAAAAUUCCUUACUGUGGCAUUAUCGGAUUGGAGUUUUAAAAAGAAAUAAAUUCUCAUCUUCUGUAAACAACAAA